CCAAUUAGUUUUCGUGAGGCCCAAAACGAAGUUAUUCAAAACUAGAAGGGCAUCAAGUGAAAUUCACAUCGAGAAAAGGGAAAAGGAAAGGAAAAAAGGAGACCCAGAAUCGGCAGAAACACGAAGCGACGGCACACUUCGCUUUGAAGGAGAAGAAAAAACAAAUAGUCAAUAGAGAAGGGUUUCUCUCUCUCUUCCGUUUCCACUUCAGUCAAUUUUGUGAAUUCGAGCGAGAAUGAUGGGUUUGGGGCCUAUGGGUAGUGGAGCAGGUGGAUAUUCAUCAUCGUCGACCUCGAAUUUAUCAGCUCUGGCACCUCCGUUUACCGUUGAUCGGUUUAACCCUAAACCUAAUUCAAACCCUAUGUUGCAUUACUCCGACCCGUAUGCUGUUGAUUCGUUUAGCCACGAGUGGCAAUAUCCAAUCCCUUCAGCCCCUACACCUGAAUUGGCGAUCGAUUCCACUGGUUUAAGAAGCCCGCCUUUUUGUGACGAUUAUCAAUUUUCGGCUUCUGCGACUAUUAGCCCCUCCACUACCCCACAUUGGCUUACUUUUGCUCCCAAUACUGAAGCCUCAAACAGUGCAUUUGCUUAUGGUGGUGAUGUGAAGCCGUAUUACUCUCCGUAUGCUCCUCCUUUGGUUGGAGAAGAUAGUUUGUUGGUCAAGGAUGAGAGGGCUCAUUACAAUGUGGUGCCUACUUCUGGACUGAAUGUAACAUCUCCGAUUGAUUAUACGCAAAGCUUGUUUGAUUUGGAGUGUGGACCUAGGUGGAUAGAUAGUUUGAGAUUGGAUGAUGGGAAGCGGGCUAAGAGAGUGGGACUUGAUGGAAGUUUCUCGUCUGAGAGAGCAAAUGCUGGCGGAUCAACUUCUUUCAAAUAUGAACUGAGCCUAGGAGGGUGCCACACUGGAACCAUGAAGAACACUAAAGAAGAUUCUGGUAUUUCAUAUCAAACAUUCUUAAGUGGCAGGGAAGGUGCCAGACAAGUACAAGACAAGUCAUGUCUGGAGCAAGAUCUUAGCUUCUAUCCAUACGAAGCAAAUAAGGUGCAUAUUCAGGCAUCGAGUUCAACCUACCCAGAAUCUUACUCACCAGUCUUAUCCUGUGAAAUGCACAGCAAUUACUCAAACUACCAGAUCUCACAUAGUCCAUUUGAAACGUGUGUUGACACGCCCCUUCCUGGCCCUGUGUCAGUGAUAAGGUCUUCUCCUGCAGUGGUCAUUAGGCCACCACCUGUUACCAAUGGUAAUUUGGGAAAAAGUGUUGUUUCUCGUAAACUUGAUGGCAGAAGUGUCAAUCUUGGAGGGAUCCAAAGUUUAGAUCUUAAUAACUCCAAUCCCUCAAAACGAAAGGAUUUUGGCCUAAGACCAAGCUCGGAGACCCAAGAAGAAUCAUUUGAAGCAAACCUUUUCGACUUCCCUAAGAAAGGAAAUGAUAUCAGCCCAUCAUCUUCAGUGAGAGAACUAUCAAGCCCACUGCAUUGUAGGGAUACUUAUGACCGCAACUUUAAAGCAAGAUUUGUAUCUCAAUUACCGGAUAGAGAUCUCUUAGGUGGUUUUGCUGUGGCUUCUGAUAAUUUUCAAGUUAUUGACUCCACUGAGGAUUCUUCCGAUUUCGUAGAUCAUCACAACCCAGCAGAGGAUUCGCCUUGUUGGAGAGGAGCACCAUCUUCUCAAUUUUCACAAUUUGAUAUUGAAACUGGCAACUCUAAUCAUGUCAGAAAGAAGUUGGAUGAAUUUUAUGGAUUUGAUCAUGAAGAGCAUCAAAAUAUCCACUCAAUAGUUGAUUCAAGUGGAGUGUUUUCUGAAAAAGAUGGUGAAGGUUACAAUAACAAUGAAAAUCAAUCUGGUGGAUUUCAUCCAUGUUCAAGUAAAAAAGCGAGUUUACAUAAUGAUGCAAAAGGCGGAGUGUGGGUUUCAGCUAUAAGUGGCGAUGACCCUAAUAUGCCAAGAAUAGGAUCUGGCACUCUAAACAACUUGACGAGUGUCUUUCACAUGAAUGUUUUGGACACUUCACAACUAAUUGGUGAAGAGGGGUCUGGGACGAGUCAGAAUGAUGUCUCUGAAGCUGGUGCCGUUGCAGUUCAUGCGGCUGAGGAGGUUUUAGCUUCACCUGCUUCUCAAGAAGAUGCCACUGAACCAGAUCCAAAAUUGAACGUGCCAAAAAUCAUUAAGACAAUGCAUAAUCUUUCAGCGUUGCUUCUGUUUCAUCUUUCAAGUGAUACCUGCUCUCUAGAUGAAGAAAGUAGUGAGACUCUCAAGCACACAAUGAGCAACCUUGGUUCAUCUUUGUGUGAAAAACUCAAUCGGGCAACUAAUCACCCCGAACCAAAGAAUCAUGUCGGAGACACUUCUGACAAACUUGGAGAAUCUCGUGAGGUGUUUACAAUUUCAGGAAAUCAUAAUAUGGCCAAUGAAGCUGCAAACCCUCACAUCAAACUUGAUUAUCAUCAGGUCCAUGAGGGAGAGAGAACUUACAGCCUUCCUGGUAAGAAAGAUGAUAAAUCACCGGUUUUUUCACCCUUGAGGGAUGACUUAGACAUAACAAGUGAUGAUGAUAUGGCUAAGGCUAUAAAAAAGGUGCUUGAUGAGAAUUUUCACUUGAAUGAAGAUAUGGACUCACAAGCACUUCUUUUCAAGAGUUUGUGGCUCGAUGCAGAAGCAAAGCUGUGUUCCAUCACUUAUAAAGCUCGCUUUGACAGAAUGAAGAUACUUAUGGAUGAAACUAAACUCAAGGCACAACAAGAAAACGAGAAUAUUGCACAAAUGCUGUCAAAAGUCAGCAUUUCAAAACCAACCUUGCAGAACAUUUCUUCCUUACCUGAGCAUGCUGAAGAUGUCGAGACUUCAGUCAUGGCCAGAUUCAAUAUCUUGAAAUCUCGAGAGGACAAUCCAAAACCACUGAUCAUAGAAAAGGAACAGCAAAAUGAGUUGGUUGAUGGUGAGCACGAAGGUACUAUUAUGGCCAGAUUCAAUAUCCUGAAAUCACGCAAGGAGAGCUGCUCAAAAUCAAGUAGUAAUAUCAAAGAAGAACAAGAAUCCAAGAUGAUUGAAGGUGAGAACUGCUUUGGAUCAUACAUGAGAGGCCAGACAGAAGAUGAAACAACCUUAAAUGUGGCAGUGAAACCACCACCUCAUUUCCUGCAGCGAACUGGCAGCCUUCAGAGCGAAGGCAAAUUUAGCUGUGGAUAUGAAACUCUGGAUGAAUUUCAUCUCUCUGUGAGGAAUGAUCCAAUAAUCGAUCCUUUCAAGAAAAACAGGAUGGUUGAUCAAACUAACAACUCUGCUUGGCCGGAUAGUUCUUCCUCUUCAGACUGGGAACAUGUGAUGAAGGAUGAACUUUCGUGGAAGAAUUCGUGAGCUAUGAAUCGGGUUUUUUGAGGUUGCUGCAAAGACUGUGAAAUAAUCUCUCUUUUUUUUGUGAAUAAAAAUGCUUCUUCUUGCUAAUCCUAAUGUCUUGUUGGUAAAACGUUGGCUUGUGAAUAUCUAUUUUUCAUGUACAAAUCAAGAUCGUGUGCGCACUUUGUUACCAAGUAAUUUUAGGAAUUUGUGAACUUGUUUCUACUU